GACUUUUUCCCUCAUACAAUAUUUUCAUUUGACUUUUCUUCGAUUGCAUAACGUUCAACAUUGAAGGUUGAAGCGCAUAUAUUUUGCACCGGCCGUUCUUUAAACAUCGUUGCAAUAUGUUGGCGACACGCAAUUUUGGAAAUUUAAUUCGCGCUGCGGGUGCUACCCGUCUAAAACAUACAUUACCGGAGCUGCCUUAUGAGUACAGUGCAUUGGAGCCGGUAAUCAGCCGGGAAAUUAUGAGCCUUCAUCACAGCAAGCACCAUGCUACGUACAUAAACAACUUAAACGUAGCAGAGGAAAAACUUGUUCAGGCACAAACAAAAGGUGACAUUGACACUGUAAUCAGUUUGGCACCUGCCUUGAAAUUUAAUGGCGGUGGUCACAUCAACCACACAAUUUUCUGGCAGAAUCUCUCUCCAAAGUCCAGUAAACCCUCUGAUGUGCUGGUCAAAGCAAUUGAAAAGGAUUUUGGAUCAUUGGAGAACAUGAAGAACCAACUUGCAGCAGCUUCCGUUGGUGUGCAGGGCUCCGGCUGGGGCUGGCUCGGAUACAAUAAGCAAAUGAAGAAAUUACAGAUUGCUACAUGCCAGAAUCAAGAUCCAUUGCAGGCAACUACAGGACUUGUGCCUCUCUUUGGUAUUGACGUGUGGGAACAUGCCUAUUAUCUUCAAUAUAAAAAUGUGCGCGCAGAUUAUGUUAAAGCAAUAUUCGACGUCGCAAACUGGCAAGACAUUUCUGCCAGAUAUGAAAAUGCUUCAAAGUGAAAUGUUUACAGAAAUCGCACUUCAUUUAAUCUCAGCAUUUUGGUUAAACCUUUAGAAUAUAAUUAUGAAUUAGGCAUAUGUAAACGACAACCACAAAGUGCUUGUUGUAGAUUCCAGGAAACGCCUUAUAUUAUUUUGUCUAAGUUGCUAAUCUUAAUACAUGGAUA